GUAUUUAUUUUUUUGCUCGUGCUUGUGCUCAUUGUGCGGUUGUGAUUUUGAUAUAUUUAUUUUUUUGGAAAUUAUUAUUAUUUAUUUAGUGUUUUGUUGUUGUUGUUAUUGCGGCAGUGCAUUGUUGCCUUGGACAGCAAAAUCGCAUCAGUAUCGCGGCGGACGAGCAGCGACAAGCAUCCGGCUAAGCAACGAGCACGGAGAAAGAAUCUCGAGCGAGACAUCAAAUGCGCGACAUUUGAAAUGUUUUGAGGCAAAGUUUGUAACGUCUCCGUCUGCUGCAUCACCACCUCAGUGUUGUUGUUGUUGUUGUUUUUUUUUUGUGUGUGUGUGUGUGUUGAGUGCAAAUUUGUCCUCCUGCCUGCCUGGAGCAUGGAGGUGCUGAAGAAAGACGCCGCUCUAGGCUCACCCAGCAGCGUCUUCUAUCUGCUGCUGCUGCCCACCCUAAUAUUGUGGUACACCUAUUGGCGACUCUCCCGUGCCCAUCUCUACAAGCUGGCAGCCCGGCUGCCGGGCCCCCGUGGUCUGCCCAUUGUGGGGCAUCUCUUCGAUGUGAUUGGACCCGCUUCGUCUGUUUUCAAAACAGUUAUACGCAAGAGCACACCCUUCGAGCAUAUCGCCAAAAUGUGGAUCGGACCCAAGCUCGUGGUGUUCAUCUAUGAUCCACGGGAUGUGGAGCUGCUGCUCAGCAGUCACGUGUACAUUGACAAGGCAUCCGAAUAUAAGUUCUUCAAGCCAUGGCUGGGCGAUGGUCUUCUCAUCAGCACAGGUCAAAAGUGGCGCGCGCAUCGCAAACUAAUCGCACCCACAUUCCAUUUGAAUGUCUUAAAGAGUUUCAUUGAAUUGUUUAACGAGAACUCGAGGAAUGUGGUACGGAAACUGCGUGCGGAGGAUGGACGCACAUUUGAUUGUCAUGAUUACAUGAGUGAGGCAACUGUGGAGAUUCUAUUGGAGACCGCAAUGGGCGUGUCAAAGAAGACACAGGAUAAAUCCGGUUUUGAGUACGCAAUGGCCGUGAUGCGUAUGUGUGACAUUCUCCAUGCCCGUCAUCGCAGCAUCUUUUUGCGGAACGAGUUCAUCUUCACCUUGACCCGUUACUACAAGGAGCAAGGACGUCUGCUUAACAUCAUCCACGGCCUGACCACAAAGGUCAUAAGGAGCAAGAAGGCGGCAUUUGAGCAGGGCACACGUGGUUCGCUCGCACAGAGUGAGCUUAAGGCGGCUGCCCUGGAGCAGGAGGAGCGCGAGCUACGGGAACAGCAGGAACAGCAGCAGCAACAGGAGCAACAGGAGCAACAGGAGCAGCAGCAGCAGCUGGUGAAGAACGGUGCUAAGCCGGAGCAGGGAACUCCCGUUGCGGGACUCUCGUAUGGCCAGUCGGCGGGCCUCAAGGACGAUCUGGAUGUGGAGGACAAUGAUAUUGGUGAAAAGAAACGUUUAGCCUUUCUCGAUCUGAUGCUGGAGAGCGCUCAAAAUGGUGCCCUCAUCACGGAUACGGAAAUCAAGGAGCAGGUGGAUACGAUUAUGUUUGAAGGACACGACACAACGGCGGCUGGAUCCUCGUUCUUUUUGUCAUUGAUGGGCAUACAUCAGGAUAUACAGGAUCGCGUCAUUGCCGAACUGGAUGGCAUCUUUGGCGACUCACAGCGUCCGGCCACCUUCCAGGACACGCUGGAAAUGAAGUAUCUGGAACGUUGCCUCAUGGAAACGCUUCGCAUGUUUCCCCCCGUGCCGUUGAUAGCUCGUGAAUUGCAGGAGGAUCUGAAGCUCAACUCGGGACCAUAUGUUAUACCGCGUGGCGCCACCGUGACCGUGGCCACCAUUCUGUUGCAUCGCAAUCCCAAGGUCUAUGACAAUCCCAAUGUCUUUGAUCCGGACAACUUUCUGCCCGAACGACAGGCGAAUCGACAUUAUUAUGCUUUUGUGCCCUUUUCUGCGGGACCACGCAGCUGUGUGGGGCGCAAAUAUGCGAUGCUCAAACUGAAGAUCCUGCUUUCGACCAUCAUGCGCAACUAUCGUGUCUACUCGGACCUCAGCGAGUCGGAUUUCAAGCUGCAGGCGGACAUCAUACUGAAGCGGGAGGAGGGCUUUCGUGUGCGCCUCCAGCCCCGACAGCCGGGACAGGCGACCACAACCGCGGGCAGCACGGCAGCAUCAUAAACUUAUGCAUAUAUAUUUAUUUUUGCAAGUGAUAGUCCCGGUUUAUACAGUAAUACAUACAUAAUUAUAAUAAUACUAAAUAAAUAAAUAAACACACACCUAGACAGAUACACUCACACACACAGACAGACACACACACACACACAGGAACAUAAUACUAAAGAGCAUAGCUUGUAAUUAGAUUGAUAUUUGAUUAUAAUCAGUUUAUCGUAGCAAUUUCCAAGCGCUGCAUUUAACAUCAAGCCCAACAAAAACAACACACACACACCGACAGACACUCGACACUCAACAACCACAACAAUAAUUAAUUAUUUCCUUUUUUUGUGUAUUUAAUAAUAAUAUCUGUAAUGUUUUGACAAUAUAUUUGGUGUAAUAUUUUGAAUG